AUGGACUCACAAAGAGAAGUUAACUCCAUUAUUAGCAAAAAGCUAGAGACCUACUUGAAGAAGAGCACGAGGAUGUCCCAAGAAAGUGUUCUGGAGUUUUCAGAGAUCCAGAAUAGUCUGAAUACUUUGAUAACACAAAAUGAGAGUAUUAAAACCAAAAAUAAAGAGUUUGACUCUAAAAUCGAUAGGCUGCUCAACCACACGUUAAUCGAUAUGCGAGAAUCUUUAGUAGAAUCCAAGAAAAACGCAGAUGAGACGGAUCAGAUGGUCCAAGAAGCACUUGACGAGAUUGAAAAGAAAAAUCGAACUAUAGAUAGCUACUCUCAAGAAGCCCUCCAGAUUCAGGAAGAAAAUGACAAGCAACUCAUCUCAGUUAUGAAGUUCAAGAACGACAGAAGAAAAGAAGAGAGAAAGCUGAAUAACUUAAUGGAGAUAUUCGUAGAAAGUAUCCAGACUCUAAAACAACUCCUAAGCGGUGAUAGUAAAGGUCUGGACCUUCAGCCCAACCCUGAGGUUAUCAAAAAGGAAAAUGAGUUGAAAUAAGAAGAUAAAUAUUUACCAAGAUAUGAAGAACACCAACUUGCAACUAACCUUGACUAACCAACUGAUGAAGGAGGAGUGCAAGAGAUUGGUCUCAGAAGUAGAACGGAUGAAUAUUCUCACUUCAAGUCAGCUUAAGAAAGACAGUAUAGAACUAGACACUGAUUAUAGCACUGAUAGCUAUAAUUCCGGGACAAAGCAAAGGGUUUCAAUUAAAACCAGAUCUUUGGAUGAUUCCAGUAUGCUCGACCAAACCAUACUCCAAAGUUUAGAGAAAAGGCGAGAUAUAGUAGCUAGAGAUGUCCAUCGCUUUGAGAGAAACCUUGCAGUUCAGAAAUCCAUCAAUAUUAACAAAAGGAGUGGAUGGUGCAUCAUUCUGCUCAUCAGCGUGGUGCUGAAUCUUCUACUGGUCGGCUCUUUUCUAUAUAAAUUUUUCAAAUAAUUUC